UGUUUUAUUCGUUCGUUCUGUUUUAACGUUAAAAAUUUGUGUAUAAGUCGGCGAAUUGUGUCGUAAUAGUAACUUUCGGCCUGUCGUUGGCUGUAUUGGACUUGUUCUUUUUCAUUUGUUGGGACCAUGGCCGCUGACCAGGACCAGUUUACCCAGCUUUUAUCGACUCUUUUGUCAACAGAUAAUAAUGUUAGGAGUCAGGCAGAGGAGGCGUACAAUGGGAUUUCUAUAGAAAACAAGGUCAGCUAUUUACUUCAGUCUUUGCACAACAUUGGUCUUAGUGAUGAAGCUCGUCAAAUGUCCGCAGUACUGUUACGAAGAUUAUUUGCCAAUGACUUUUACGAAUUCUUCCCCAAGUUGCCUGUCGAGAGUCAAAGUCAACUCAAGGAGCAAAUUUUACUUGCAAUACCGCUUGAACAAUCUUAUACAACUCGACAUAAAGUUUGUGAUGUUGCUUCUGAGGUUGCUAGGAACUUAAUCGAUGAUGAUGGAAAUAACAGGUGGCCGGAAUUCUUACAGUUUUUAUUUCAAUGCGCAAAUGCAUCGAAUCCAGUUUUAAAAGAAGCGGCCUUGCAAAUGUUUGCUUCUGUGCCGGGCGUGUUUGGUAAUCAACAAGGAAACUAUUUGGAUCUCAUCAAACAGAUGUUACAACAAAGUUUGAAUCCAUCGGAACCGUACGAGGUUCGUUUUCAAGCCGUCCGCGCAAUCGGUGCGUUUAUUAUGAUCAACGAAAAACAAACGCAAAUUUUGAAACAUUUUGGCGAUCUUCUACCUGGUAUUCUAGAAAUGAUGGUGGAAAGUAUUCGCCAACGCGAAGAUGACGCCCUUUUAAAACUUCUAAUUGAACUGGCCGAGAACACGCCUAAAUUUUUACGACCUCAGAUCGUUGGUAUUUUUGAUAUGUGUAUGAAUGUGUUUAGAGAUACGCAGGCUUUGGAUAGUUGGAGGCAAUUAGCUCUUGAAGGUAUGGUUACCUUGGCGGAAAUGGCUCCGGCGAUGGUUAGGAAAAAUGCGGGAAAUUAUGUUGAACAGCUAGUUCCAUUAGUUUUACAAUUUAUGGCGGAUAUUGAGGAAGAGGAUGGUUGGAGCGAACAAGACGAAAUUUUAGAAGAAGAUAAUGAUUGUAAUAAUGUAGUGGCGGAAGCUGCUUUGGAUCGAUUAGCUUGUGGACUUGGCGGGAAAACAAUUUUACCUUUGGUGACGCGAAACAUUCCCGCGAUGUUAACGAGCGCAGAUUGGAAACAACGACAUGCUGCUUUAAUGGCAUUAAGCACAAUUGGAGAGGGAUGUAACAAACAAAUGGAGGGGAUGUUAAAUCAGAUUAUGGACGGAGUACCAGGGAUAAUGGAGGGAAUUUUAAGAUACCUUCAAGAUCCUCAUCCAAGGGUUCGAUUCGCCGCUUGUAACGCAAUUGGGCAAAUGUCCACAGACUUUGCAAGUGUUAUUCAAAAGAAAUUCCAUGAUCGUAUAAUUCCGGGACUUUUAAUGUUGCUCGACGAUAACGCGAAUCCAAGAGUUCAAGCGCAUGCAGGUGCGGCUUUGGUUAAUUUCUCAGAGGAUUGUCCAAAACACAUUUUAACAGGUUAUCUUGAUGGCAUAAUGGGGAAAUUGGAGCAAAUUCUCAACGCUAAAUUUAAAGAACUGGUUGAGAAAGGCACAAAACUUGUUUUGGAACAAGUUGUAACUACAAUCGCAAGCGUUGCUGAUACAGCAGAAAAAGAAUUUAUUGUUUAUUACGAUCGACUAAUGCCCUGUUUAAAAUACAUUAUUCAAAAUGCAAAUAAAGACGAAUUGAAACUUUUAAGAGGAAAAACGAUUGAGUGUGUGUCAUUAAUUGGAUUAGCAGUUGGAUCAGAUAAAUUUAUGUCUGAUGCAAGUGAAGUAAUGGAUAUGUUACUUAAAACCCAUGCUGAAGGAUCAGAACUUCCUGAUGAUGACCCACAAACGAGUUAUUUAAUAUCAGCUUGGUCAAGAAUUUGCAAAGUUAUGGGUAAACGAUUUGAACAGUAUCUACCACUAGUAAUGGGACCUGUAAUGAAAACGGCAUCUUUAAAACCUGAAGUUGCACUUUUGGAUAACGAAGACAUGCAAGGAAUAGAAGGUGAUGUCGACUGGCAAUUUGUAUCACUUGGUGAGCAACAAAACUUUGGAAUUCGAACUGCUGGACUCGAAGAUAAGGCCGGCGCUUGCAUGAUGCUUGUUUGUUACGCUAGAGAACUUAAAGAAGGUUUUGCGGAAUAUAGCGAGGAAGUUGUUAAAUUAAUGGUACCAAUGUUGAAAUUUUACUUCCACGAUGGCGUACGUACUGCCGCCGCAGAAUCUUUACCAUAUUUAUUGCAAUGCGCAACCAUUAAAGGGCCAUCAUUCGUACAAGGAAUGUGGUCGUACAUUUGCCCCGAAUUAUUAAAAGCGUUAGAUACUGAACCAGAAACCGAAGUUUUAUACGAACUUUUAUCAUCAAUAUCUGGAUGUAUAGAAUCAUUAGGGGCACAAUGUUUAGAUCAGGCGUCAAUGGGCGAGUUAUUAAAGAUUUUGAAUAAAUUAAUGCAAGAACAUUUUGAGAGAGCACAAGACAGAACUAAGAAACAUUUGGAUGAAGACUAUGAUGAGGUUGUCCAAGAACGAUUAGACGAUGAAGAAACCGACGACAUCUACGUUUUAAGUAAAAUAGCUGAAGUAGUCCACGCCCUAUUUACAACAUACCGCGAAACCUUCCUGCCUUUCUUUGAUCAGAUUUGUCAACAUUUUGUUACUUUGUUAUUACCAAAUAGACCAUGGGCAGAUCAUCAAUGGGGUAUAUGUAUUUUCGAUGAUGUCAUCGAAUUCACAGGGCCAGCAUGUGCAAAAUAUCAAGGUUUCUUCUUAGGACCAUUAUCUGUAUAUGUAAAAGAUAAAGUUCCCGAAGUUCGGCAAGCCGCCGCUUACGGUUGGGGUGUCGUAGCACAAUUUGGAGGUGAACAAUUCGCUGGAGAGCUUUCAAAAAUUUUGCCACAUCUCGUCGAAGUUAUCAACAACCCGGAAUCGCGAGACCCCAAAAAUAUAACAUCCACCGAAAACGCCAUAUCUGCAGUUACGAAAAUAUUAAAGUAUAAUUCUUCGGGAAUUAAUGUUGAUGAAGUUUUGCCAAUGUGGUUCAAUUGGUUACCUGUUGUGGAAGACGCCGACGAAGCUCCACACGUAUAUGGUUACCUUUGCGAUUUGAUAGAACAGAAUAAUUUGGUCAUUUUGGGUCCUGGAAACGCGAACAUACCUCGUAUAAUUAGUAUAUUUGCUGAGGCGUUCUAUCGGGAUGCGUUAGAUCCAAAAAGCGUAGAAUGUAGAAGACCGUUAAAUAUUAUCCAGCAAGUUCAAAGAAACGGGACGCUAUUUCAAAACAUCGUGUCAGCCCUAAGGCCGGAAUUGCAGCAAGCGCUGCACGUGGCCCUAAAUAAUGCAUAGAAAGAGCGAAAGAAAACGAGCUUUAUUUUUUUGCUUUGCCGUGUAUCGGGAAGACGAAUUAACGUUCUUACUAAGGGAAAGAAUUAUAUAUAUUUUUAAGGACUCUGAUGAAUGGCGUCCCGAUAUCGUCAAACCGAUUUGCUGAACAUUGGGACUGUAUGUGAUACUUCUAACUUUUGUUUAAACAAUAGAAUUUUGACCCCUCUCCUCAAGACACGUCAUAUUUUUUUCGUUAACACUAUCGUCUGGUUAAUUUAGUGUUUUAUUCCUUCUUUAUUGUAAACCUUGUAACGUUAUUAAAAUAAAAAGAACGGCUAAUUUUCAUAUAAACGACACUUGUUAAAUCUGAA